ACUGGAUAUACAAUUAUCUUUUACUCCUUUCUGACUUUUAUUUAGACCACACUAUCCUUGUGAGCACCAUUGGUCAAUCCAUCUUCUCUGAGAUUAAACAGCAUUUGUAAUUUUUUAUGAAAUCAAAAUUGUUUGACAUCACAUUUAAUCUGUAGAAAGUUUUAACUGGAUGGUGCAUCAUGUGGUCUUUUUAUUGCCUUGCUUAUUGCACAUGUUGGAAAUCUAUAACUUUUUUAAAACAUGUUGCCUUGGCUUGCUGCACACAGAUGAUAUCUGUUUUAAACUCCUGAACGAUCUUCUUUAAUCCAAGCAUAUGCAAUCUUUUUACUUUUAAUAUUUUUGAUUUUUGUUUCAAUAUGAUAGUCUCAAUGUUUAUAUACAGUCUCCCUCAUUCCCACCUCCAAACUGUUCAGUAUUUGAAGCUCACCUGUUUCAUACUCAUACUACAUGCUGUUGAUAAUAAAACAUGACUGUAUCUGUAGAUUACAUACAUAUACUUAGAUAAUAAAAUAACUGGAAAUGAAGAGGAAGAGAGAUCAACGUCUUCUAGUUUUCUUUUAGCUUCUGUUGUAAUAUAGAAUCAUACCAAACGAGGGCGCUGUAGACCAUGACACACUGAUUGGAUUUCUGCGACCAUACCCUCAGAAAACGUGAUGAUGUGUAUUAAGCUGUGACACAAAGAGACGCAGACGCACAGAGAAAACAACAUAGGACAUGAGCCACACCGUGGAUGAUUUCGAAGGAGAGGAAGGACACUUGCUGGGAUUUUUAUCUUGUUUUUAAUCCAGUCCGAUCAUGUCUUCAGCUCAAAACAAGAACAUGUUGGAAUUUAUCUCAUUUUUAUUGUUCGGCUUUUGCUGGACAGUUGUCUCCGCCCAGCUCUCAUACUCCACAUCAGAGGAGGUAAAUCCGGGGACCGCUGUGGGAAAUAUCGCCAAAGAUUUAAACAUCCCCGUGCACGAGCUGGAAUCUCGUCAGUUUCAAAUGGUGACAGGUGCAAAGAGGAAACAUUUCGAUGUGAAUCUAAAAACCGGUGUUCUCUUUGUAAGUGAAAGGAUCGACAGAGAGGAGCUCUGUGCAAAAGCAGCUAAAUGCGCAGUGAGUGUGGAAGCGGUGAUAAACGCUCCGUUAAAGCUUUACCGUCUGGAUGUAAAUAUUUUAGAUGUUAAUGACAAUUAUCCAGCUUUCACCACUAAAUCUCAAAACAUCGAAAUAGCAGAAAGCACACUACCAGGGACUAAAUUUCUUGUGUUAUCCGCUUAUGACGCUGAUGUAGGAAAAAACGAUAUCAGCUCUUACAAGCUGAGUACAAAUGAUCAUUUUUCUUUGUCGGUGAACAAAGGAGAACGGGUGUCAGCUGAGCUGGUCCUUCAGAAGCCGUUAGACCGAGAGAAGCAGCCUGUCAUUAGACUCACGCUCACUGCUGUUGAUGGAGGGACGCCUCCUAAGUCCGGAACGUCACAGCUUAUUAUAAAUGUUUUAGAUGUGAACGACAACGUGCCGAUAUUUGAUAAACCUUUGUAUAAAACAAGCCUGAUAGAAAACGCGCCGCUUGGUGCCACUGUAAUAACGGUCUCUGCAACAGAUAACGACCAAGGCCCUAACGCAGAGAUCUCCUACUCACUCAGUAGCAAAGAUCAAGAUGAGGUUCUGGACAUAUUUCACAUUGAUCAGCAGACGGGAUUACUGACAGUUAAAGGAAACGUUAAUUUUGAAGAACACCCUGCUUUUGAAAUCCGCGUUCAGGCCACUGAUAAAGGCUAUCCUCCGAUGACGUCACAGUGCAAGGUGCUGAUAGAAGUAGUGGAUUUAAAUGACAACACUCCUGAGAUAUCCGUGACUACACUUGUUAACACCGUGAGAGAAGACGCAAAGGCGGGCACCGCCAUCGCGCUUGUGUCGGUUCAAGAUAAGGACGGAGGAAAAAACGGAGAAGUUCACUGUCAGAUUAAAAAUGAAAGUCCGUUCAAAUUAGAAACAAAUUACAGGAAUUAUUACUCAUUGGUGGUGGAUGGGGAGUUGGACAGAGAGACGAAUUCUUAUUAUAAUGUCACCAUUUUUGCGACGGAUGGAGGAACUCCUUCUCUCACCAGCACAAAGGAUUUUACUGUUUAUAUUUCUGAUGUAAACGACAACUUCCCGCGCUUUUCAGCCUCUGUCAUUAAUGUUUAUUUGAAGGAGAACACCCCUGUUGGAACUGUUUUAACAACGUUCACAGCGACAGAUGCUGACACUGAUCAGAAUGCGCAGUUCAGGUAUUCGGUUAUAGAAAGUAACUCUGCACCUCUUUCAGCAAUGGUGAACAUCAACUCAGAGACUGGAGAAAUAUUCACCCUGCAGUCUUUUAACUAUGAGGAGCUGAAAACAUUUCAGUUUAAAGUUCAGGCCACAGACUCUGGUGUUCCUCCACUCAGCAGCAACGUGACUGUUAACGUUUUAAUCCUGGAUGAAAAUGACAACAAUCCAACAAUUCUGGCUCCUUAUUCUGAGCUGGGUUCUGUUAACAGUGAGACCAUCCCCUAUUCUGCUGAAGCAGGAUACUUUGUAGCAAAGAUCAGGGCUGUGGACGCAGAUUCUGGAUACAAUGCGCUGCUUUCUUAUCACCUGACGGAGCCCAAAGGAAACAACCUGUUCAGGAUCGGAACCAGCACCGGGGAGAUCAGGACUAAGAGGAGGAUGAGCGACAACGACCUGAAGAGUCACCCCUUGGUGGUGCUGGUUUCUGAUAACGGAGAGCCUUCUCUGUCAGCUACUGUGUCUAUUGAUGUGGUGGUGGUUGAAAGCACAGCUGACAUCCAGACUCAGUUCAGAAACGUGCCUCUAAAGGAGGACAGCUUCUCGGAUCUGAACCUGUAUCUGCUGAUCGCCAUCGUGUCGGUGUCGGUCGUCUUUCUGCUGAGUCUGAUCAGUCUAAUAGCUGUCAGAUGCCACAGGACAGACGGUGGUUUCAGCAGGUACAGCGCCCCGAUGAUCACCACCCACCCUGACGGGAGCUGGUCUUACUCUAAAGCUACUCAGCAGUAUGACGUGUGUUUCAGCUCAGACACACUGAAGAGUGACGUAGUGGUUUUCCCCGCCCCGUUCCCGCCUGUAGAUGCUGAACUGAUCAGUAUUAAUGGAGGAGACACUUUUACCAGAACUCAGACCUUACCUAACAAAGACAAGGUGAGAACAAGUUUCUGUUUUGAUUCAAUAGUAUAAACUUGGAUCAUAAUAUAUAUCGCAGAUUUUUUUUAAAUGUAUGUAUUUCUAUGCGGUGAAUGAUGUUGUGUCUUCGAAAAUGUUCAAAGCUGCUCAAGUCAGUUUGAAUGUGAUCAGAAUAUUUAUCCUGUUGAUGUUAGGUAUACUUGAAGCUUCGUCUUAUACAUGAUUUUUCUAAAAGUUUAUUGCUCAACUUGAAGUCCAGCGUUCUUCAUUCCGUUUGAUUUUUUUUCUUUCAGUUGCUCAUUGUUGCGGUUGCCCAAAUCAUUGUGUUGGAACGGAACCUUAAUUACCUAAAUAUUGUUAACAUUUUCGUGUGUGUGUGUGUGUGUGUGUGUGUGUGUGUGUGUGUGUGUGUGUGUGUGUGUGUGUGUGCGCGUGUGUGCGUGUGCGUGUGCGUGUGUGUGUGUGUUUGUGUGUGUGUGGUGGGAUAUAAAUUAAUGUUCAUUUGUUUAAAAUACGUAUCAGAAAAUGAAGAAGAAAUACGUCUAAGCACAGGCAAAUAGGAGGGGGGAAUUCAGUGGUUUUAACUAAUCAGCCCUAAAGAAAUUUCCUAGCUGCAGAUAAUUUCUGGUGGGAAAAAAACAAGUUAACAAAUCCGAAAAUAUUCAACAGAAAAAAAAUUGUCGUCAGCAUGCUUCAUUUAAAAAAAUAAUAAAAUAAGCAAUGUUAUGCUUAAGCGUGCCUCUGUCCUUGGUGCUUAAAACUAGUUGCUUAGGGUGUGAGAAUGUGUUGUUUUACUGGUUUCUUUGGUCUCUUUUUUUAACGUUGUGUUCGUUGUAACAUGAUAUCCUUCCACAGGUAAAAUGGGUAAACAAUAUGUAGACAUGUUUUUCUUCUAAAUAAUAA